CCGUGAGGGAGGACUGGGGCUUGGUCUUGAAGUUUUCAGAUGCAUCUGUAGAUGAAUCACAACAGCAUCAAGAUGUCGGGACGGUCAGGCCGAGCAGAGACACGAAGUAGAGCUAAAGACGAUAUUAAAAAGGUCCUGGCGGCCAUCGAGAAGGUGCGCAAAUGGGAGAAGAAAUGGGUGACAGUUGGGGACACAUCUUUACGCAUAUUCAAGUGGGUGCCAGUAACAGAAACAAAGCAGAUAUAUCGUACCAAGUCCGCCGGUGGGGAAAGCAGGGGCUUGAAAGACGUGGUCCUAGAAAACACCAGUUCUUUGCUGGAUUUCACUGAUGAAAACAGCAAUCAGAGCUUUCUGUCAGAUGUUUAUCAGCCGAAAAUGGAUAACAGCAGCAGCACGUCCAGCUCGCAGCAGGUCAGCCCGCCACAUGCCUACAGCCUACGAGCAGAAGACUCUCAGCCGCCGAUGCUGGGUCAGGAGAGCGUGGAUGAACCAGUUCAUUCAGGACAAGACGGCGCGGAUGAGCCACCUACACUCAUCAAGGAGGACCCUCUUUCAGCAGGAGCUGUUAGACGAAGUGCUCCAGACACGCAGGAAGAACUAGAUGAAUCGGGAGCACCUCCCUUAAAGAGGAUUUGCACAGGAGAAAAUGCUGUCCUGAGAUAGCUUAUUUAUACUAUUUUGUAAAGUAAUGCACAUGUUACCUGUCCCUGGUUGCUGUAAAGCAAAGCUUUGACAAUGAUACUGCUACUCUUUACAUACACACAUUUCAGCUAUUGGCAAAAAUGCAUUUACUGCAUUUUUAGUUUUGAAAACUUGCUGUUUAAAGUGAUUUUUGGGAGGAAAGAAAAUACAGAAACUUGAAUGUACAAGGCCGGAAUGAGUGUUUGUAUUCAAAUUUGGUAUAUGUCUGCAUUUCAAGGAUUUGAUUCUUGUCUCCGUUGUAUCCAGUUAAACAUUUGCAUGUUUUCAUUCCUAAUUUUACAGGUAGCGUCGUCAUCUUGAAAAUAUGUCUUGUUUGUGGCUUUAUGCAGAAUAAUGUUUAGAUGUGCCAUUAUGUAUUCAAUAUGAUCUGUAAUCUUGAGCAAAUCUUUUGGCUUGUCAUACUCUGGAAUAAAUUCCUUUUUAAAAUAA